UCGAGCAGUUGCUCCUGCUAGCCACGGGAAGCGUUUAGACCCUAAGUUCCAUGGCUGCGGCAGGAUCUGUGAAGGCGGCGUUGCAGGUGGUGGAGGUGCUGGAAACCAUUAUGAGCCGCUGCGUGGGGCCCGGUGGCCGGCAGGUUUUGUGUACGAAGCCCACCGGCGAGGUGCUGCUCAGCCGGGAUGGAGGCCGCCUCCUAGGGGCGCUGCACCUAGAGCAUCCCAUAGCCAGGAUUGUAGUGGCUUGUGUCUCCAGUCACCUCAAAAAAACAGGAGAUGGUGCUAAAACAUUCAUUAUCUUUCUUUGCCAUUUACUCCGAGGACUUCAUGCAAUCACAGAAAAAGAAAAGAAUUCUUUGAUUUCUGAAAAUAUUCAGACCCAUGAAAGGCACUGGAAAAAUUGUUGUCAGUGGAAAUUUAUUUCCCAAGCACUGCUAAUGUUUCAGACACAAAUAUUAGACUGUAUUAUGGACCAAUACUUAAGUAGACACUUUCUGUCCAUCUUUUCUUCAUCUGCUAAAGAGAGGACAUUGUGUAGGAGCUCUUUAGAAUUAUUGUUAGAAGCAUAUUUUUGUGGAAGAGUGGGAAGAAAUAAUCACAGAUUUAUUUCACAAUUGAUGUGUGACUACUUUUUCAAGUGUACGACUUGUACAAGUGAUACUGAAGUAUUUGAGUUAGUGGAUGACUGUUUUAUAGAGCUGAAUGUUGGAGUCACUGGCCUUCCUGUUUCAGAUUCUAGGAUCAUAGAUGGACUUGUGCUUCACAGAGAUUUUUCUGUUUACUGCCCAGCAGAUGGUGACAUAAGAAUGGUGAUAGUAACAGAAAUCAUUCAGCCUCUUUUUUCAACUUCUGGAUCAGAGUUUAUUUUAAGUUCAGAAGCACAAUUUCAGACAUCUCAGUUUUGGAUUAUGGAAAGGACAAAAGCACUAAUGAAACAUUUGGAUAGUCAGAAUGUAAAAUUGCUCCUAUCUAGUGUGAAGCAACCAGAUUUAGUUAUUUAUUAUGCAAGACUGAGUGGCAUAUCAGUGGUGGAGUGUUUAUCAUCAGAAGAAAUUUCUCUUAUCCAGAGGAUCAUUGGCAUCUCUCCAUUUGUAUUACCACAAGCCUCUUCAUGGUAUGCAAUUUCUAACUCUGCUUUGGUGAAAUUUUGUAAACCUUUUAUUCUUAGAUCCAAAAGGUAUGUUCAUCUUGGCUUGAUUAGCACAUGUACAUUUAUACCACACUGUAUAGUUCUUUGUGGACCAGUGCAGGGCCUGGUUGAACAACAUGAGAAUGCUUUACAUGGAGCAUUCAAAAUGCUUCGGCAGUUAUUUAAAGACUUUGAUCUAAAUUAUGUAAAACAAACCAGUGACCAAAAUGACACAUCGAAUCCUCUUAUUCAUAAAAAUAGUAGAGAAAGUAAUCAGUUACUGAAAAUUAGUAAUCACUCAAUACAAAGGUCACAUCAUGACAUAGUUGUAAAGAAUGGAGAUGAGUUGGAAAAAACUCAGGCAUAUUUAAAAGUACAUUCAAAUCUGGUAGUUUCAAAUAUAGAAUUAGAAACCUAUAUUCCAUGUUCAGCAACAAAACCGACACAAACAAAUACAUUCCAAAUAGAUGAUACACUAAAGUAUUUGUCUUCAGAAAAAAACAGGAUAAUUGAUGACUAUGAACUACUAACUGAUAAUAAUUUAACUGGUAAUUCUAAAACAGAAAACACAAGAGUAGAAAUUCCUUAUGAAUAUUUACAAGUCACAAAAAUUUCUAGAACAAAGAGCGAGUUACCAGUGAGAUAUAAGUCACUGGAUUUGGGUACUUCCCAGAGUUACCAUUCCUCAUCUAUGCCAGCAGGUAGUGUUUUGCCAGUGGGUGGUAAUUUUGAGAUCUUGUUACAUUACUAUCUUCUCAACUAUGCCAAAACAUGCCAGCAAUCAGAAGAGGCCGUGGUUAGUACGUUAAUUGCUAAUGCACUGUUAGGCAUUCCGAAAAUCCUUUUUAAGACUAAGAAAGUAAAUUAUAGCUUUCCACAAAUAUACUUGAGAACUCUCCAUGCACUUCAAACCAAUCAAUUCAUGGUAAGCAGCCAGGCAGGUUUAGAAUCAGUAAUUGGUAAAUACCAGUUGCUAACUUCAGUUCUUCAGUGUUUGACAAAAAUAUUAACCAUUGAUUUGAUAAUCAGCAUUAAGAGACAACCUCAGAAAAUUUAUGAUCAAGAUUCAGAAGAUGAACUUUAAUAUUAGAAAUUUUUUAUUAACCCAACUUUUAAUCCAGCUCGAGGCAUAAAGUAAUGCAGGCAUGUAACUGCUUAUUCUCAAUUCAAUUUCACUCUACUUAGGAAAACAGAAUAAUAGUGUAUUUUUUGAAGAAAUACACCAAAGUCAUCAGACCAUUCAGAUGCCAAUAUUAAACUACUUUAUGGAUCUAAACUAAGGCAGAAGCAGAGUUCCAGUUAAAUGUGUCUCUUUCCCUUUAAACUCUGUAUCUCAGCUCUUUGUUAUUCUUUUUAAAGCAGGGUGUUUCUUAGAGCUCCUUUCACAUCUAAUUUUUUUCAUUCUCUGUUCUUUCACCUUCCUAUAUUUAGUUCAUAGAAUCCAUCAAUUUCAAAUUUAGAAGGGGUCUUCAAAUGCCAUCUUACUUGUUUAUAAACAACUAAACAUGUAAAUUGUUAUGUUUAUAUGUAAAUGUUAUUUGCUUUAGUUAAAAUAAUUUUCCCUACUCAUAAUUUGUAAAGCAGUAAGUAAAAGUCACAGUUGUUCUUUUAAAAAGUAUAUAAAUCAAAUUAGAUUUUACUUUCAUGUGCCACUUGGUUAAUUUCUUUUUCAUUUGAAGAAACUUGGAUAGAUUUUUCACCAUUCAUGUGCCUAUGUUACCGGGAAUGGGAUUGUGUAUUGAAAAUGUGGUUUUAUAUUUGUAAUUUAAAGUUAGGCUAGGGAUGUAGCUCAGUGGUAAAGCCCUUACCUAGCAUGGGUGAGGCCCUGGGUUUAAUCCCCAGUACCACAAAAAAUAAUACCUGAAAAGAUGUGCAAUUCAUACUUGUGGUUUUCUUCUGCCUCCUAAGAACUUGGAAAUAUAUUUUAUGUACUGGCUGGUUUUUUUUUUUUUUUUUUAAUUUGCUGUAUACCUAGAGUUAAGUAGUAACAAAUAGUUCAACAGUUAUUCCUGAUGCGAAUUUACAAAUCUUUAUAUUCUAUUUUAAAAACUUAUGAAUGAAAACAGUACUAUGAACUAGUUGUGAAUUAGGUUAGUAUGCUUUUACUAGUUCUUUGUGACACCCAAGAGAUAGUGCUUUGUUUAUUCUGAGUAUUCAGAAGUGCAUGUGAAAUAAAAGCGUUAUCUUCAGUUUGUUUCCCUAAAUACAUGUUUCCAGUGUACUUAUUCAGAAAAUACUAAGUGCUUAUUGUGUGCCAAAUGCUGUGCUAACUACUGAAUGUACUGUGUCAUCAUGUAGUUUUCAUUAAAGCUUAAUAGAUAAUGUGGUAUUGUUUUGUUGGGAUUAAGUGUAGGAAAAAAUUAUAGUUGAGUAAGGGGUGACUAAUAAUACAUUUAAAAACCGUAGCAUCCCAUCAUAUAGUAUUUAUGAUUUUUCAUAUUAAAUAUAGUGUGUUUUUCAAAUGUU